AUGCCUGCAAAUGCUUGUAUUAGAGCAGCAGCAGCAGCAGCAGCAGCAAGAGUAGCAGCAGCAGCAGCAGCAGCAGUAGCAGCAGCAAGAGUAGCAGCAGCAGCUGCUGCUGCUGCAGCAGUAGUAGCAAUAGCAGCAGCAGCGCAAGGAGCUGCAGCAGCACCACAGCUAGCAGCAGCAGCAGCAGCUGCAGCAGCAGCAGCGGCAGCAGCAACACCAACAGCACCACCAGCAGCAGAGGCAGCACCAACAGCUGCAGCACUAACAGCAGCAGCAGCAGCAGCUGCUGCUGCUGCUGCUGCUGCAGCAGCGGCAAACCAAAAAAAACAACAAAAGUAG